GAGUUGCAGUGAUUUUCACUAAUUUAUAUUAAAAGAGUCGUCAAUAAUCAGUGAUUGAUUAACUAUUAAAACGGUUGCCAUAGUAAUUUUAGGCUCUGAUGAAGUACAAUGUUUCGAAAAGUAACUGUUCAUUUUAAGGUCUUCAUAAGUAUAAUAAAAUUUAUUUGAACUUAUCAACUCUGCAAUGUGGGUAUGUCGCGAUGAAUUUAACUACGUGCUAAAGAAACAAGAAAAAAACAAGAUAUGUUUUGGCUCAGGAAAAUCGAGAGAUUUGGGUUUAAAAAGUGGCAUGAAUACAUUUAUGAGAUAUCAUAUAAGUGAGAAUUAUCCAAAUAUAGGUCCACAAAAAUAUAACGUUUUAGAGUCAUUUAAAGCUAUUACUUCUAAACCAUGCUCCAAAUCAUUCAGUAAAAAAGGUUAUGGUGGAUUGACAAAUUCUAGCUGUCGAAGAAUUCAUGUGGAUGAUUAUCCAGCACCAAAUGAAUAUAAUGUUUCGUUCGUCACAGUUCAAAAUUAUAAAUUUAAACAUCCACUGGCGUCAAAAACAAAACGAAAAACAUUUGAAGUGAACAAUAAUCCAGACCCAACUACUUAUCAAAGAAUCAAUCUUCAAACACGAGGAAUGUUAUUUGAUCACAACUUCGGUUGUGGUAUAAAAAUGCGUUUCGGAGUUGAAAUAAAAUGCACUAAAAGAAAUACAGAUGUUUGUAAAAUUUGUAAUGAAAGUUUAAGUGGCGAUUACUGGCACCUAAACAAUAAAAAAUUCAUUUGUCGUCCUUGUAUGAUGAAAGAACGUAAGAGACUUCAGAAGUAUAAAAAGGAAGAAUUAAAUCAAUUUCGUAAAAUACGUGACUGUUCAUGGAUUCAUUCUCAUGGUGGAACUGAUGCAAAAGUAUGGCUAAUUCAUCCAAAAGAUAUACAAAAAUGGGCACAAAGAGAAGCAUAUAUUAGUUCAUACAUUAAAGACUAAUUUAUGAAUGAUUGAUAUAUAAAUAAAAUUUAUUCGAUUUUUGAUAAAA